CCCAAAAGAAUGCAAUAUUUUCAAAAGGGAACCCCAAAAGAAUUAUAGUUUCGGUCUCGCGAAAUCCCUUGCUCCCGCCUCUCUGAAUCGCUGACCGCACCACGCUCUCUCCGCUGCAUUUCUCCUCUUCUUUUCCAGCAAUUACCAAACUCAACGAACGAUUCAUCAGAAUGUUUGAUGAUCAAGAUCUCGGCUUUUUCGCAAAUUUUCUCGGAAUCUUUAUAUUUGUAUUAGUAAUAGCAUUUCACUAUGUGAUGGCUGAUCCAAAAUAUGAGGGCAACUAAUCAUCUCCUCUAAUUUUCUUCACCAUGGAGACGAACUAUAUCUUGAUGGAGUUUGUUGGUUUGCGUUAUCUACUCUUCCUUUUGCUAUACUACUUUCACUAGAUUAAAACUUUACCCUCUCUCAUAGUAUAGAAUGUAUUGCUCGACGGUGAAGACAUUGUUUUCUUCACAAAUGAAGCCUAUUUUAGUGAUUUUAUUAUA